AUGUCAACUGCUAACACUGAGGAUCUAAUAUCGUCACUAUACCCUCCGCCACCACCAUUUGUGAGAUUUUUCACUGCCGAAAAUUUGUCCAAACUAGAGGAAGUUCGUAAAACAACAACGUCUAAACAACACGAAGGUAACGACAAUAACAACGAUGAUGCCAAUGAGGACCACAUAAAAGGUGAACUCAAGUUCCUAGUACCUCCAAAUAUUCCAUCGGGAACUCAAUAUAGAGGUUAUGGAAACAUAUGGUCUUUCAAAGACAAACUACCGAAUUUAAAAGAUACUCAAUGGACACAACUUUAUGACGAUGCUAAUUUAACAUCAGAGACCAAAAUUAAAGAGUUGCACAAGAUGAUGGACUCCUUGUUGCUCAAUUUUGUUGAGUUGAUCAAUAUCUUGAGUAUUGAUCCACAACAAUUUGAAUCAAAAGUUCAAGAUAUGAGUUUAUUAUUGAUUAAUUUCAAUCAUAUUUUAAACACAUAUAGACCACAUCAAAGUAGAGAGAGUUUGAUUAUGUUAUUGAAAAGACAAAUACAAGCCAAAAGGGAUGAAAUUGAACAAAUAGGAUCUGUUUGUGAGGAUGUCAAAUCACAGAUUAGGAAAAUGAGUGAGGAUGAUGUUGAUAUGAAUGCGGAUGAAAAUGAUGAGAAAGUAGUGAGUGAUUACGAUGGAAGUAAAGAAAAGGAUCAAAUAGUGUCGCAACUUCUAUUGCAUGUUUAG